AUGGCAACUACCGCUACCUCGAAGCCUGCGCUGUCUGCGCUGAAGACGCCCAUGACGGCCACCUACCCGUCCGAGGUCUGCAGUCCAAUCUCGAGUACUCCGACCUGGAUCAAGAGGGAAGACAGCCUCAAGACCCCAAUCACCCCUCCAUCUGCCUACCUCGACUUCCUCAAGGCCCUGUCGCCCGCCCUCAUGAGUCCCCUACCCACCGGAGCCAGCACUCGCUUUACUUUCGGCGAGAAGAACGAGAAGAACGACAAGUGCGACCACUCCGACAAGUCAUCAAGCGCAACACCGGUACCGGCACCACCGUCCGAUAAAUCCAGCCCAGCACCUUCGCAGCCGCCGUUGUCGCGGACCAACAGCAACUGCUCCUGCAAGACCGGCGCUGAGACCUCUAAUAAGCCGACCAACAUGCAAAUCUCCAUCCCACCACCCUCGGCCUUUGUGCGUCCACUCUCCGCACGAGCGCCGCGCCAACGUCUGCACAUCCCGCAGAGUCCCUACUCGCCUGCUGGAGUUGGGUCUCCCAUGAGCGCGCGAUCGGUGCACUCCCCAUACAGCGCGACGAUCUCGCCGCGCGAGUGGGACCUUGAGGGCAAGAAAGGCGGCACCCGUGCGGUGAGCAUCAGGCAGGUCGUUACGAGGACGGUGACGUACUCGCGGACGCCGGUGGAGCCGACCGCGCCGCUGGAUCCUGCGCCGAAGGGAAAGAGGAGGAAGAUUGAGGAGUAG